AUGGUCCUGCAACAACAAUACAGGGAGAGAAACUUUGCUAGAUUCUCAGAAUUGGUCACCGUUCUGUUGCUCGCUGAAAAGACUAACGACCUACUUUUGAGGAAUGAUCAAGCAAGGCCUACUGGCACCACAGCAAUUCCUUUGCCUGAAGUAAAUGUUAUUGCCAAUCACGAGAAUAACCUUGCAAAGAGAAACCGGGGCCGUGGAAGGAGAAGAAGGUCUGAACGUCCGAGACAUGGAAGGAGAAAUGGGCCAAGAAAUGGCCCAUAUGACUGUGACCACCAAAAUAAUAGCCCAAAGGGUCGAGAAGGAUGUGGACAAGGCCCACGUGGUGGAAACAGAAAUGCCCAGGUCCAACAAGCUCAAAUUAGAGAGAAUGUUGGCACAGCCCGUCACCCUCAGAUUCAGCAUAAUCUAUGUUAUAGAUGUGGAGGCACUAACCAUUGGUCCCGCACCUGCCGUGCAACAAAUGAAGAGAUAAGAGAGUAUCACGCCAGACACGGAACUCGAGAGGCCAACCUUGUGGAAGAGUCAGUUCCUAUGGAUACCACCUUGGAGAUUACUGAUUUCCAAGUAGCUAAUGGAUACAUCGAGGAUUGA